AUGGCCAAUUUCCGCGCGAGCAAUAUUCUAGGCGACCCCUUCGCGCUAGCCACCCUCUCUAUCUCCCUCAUGGCAUGGCUCAUUGCAUUCAUCUCGUCGAUCAUUGCAGACAUCCAGACUGAAUAUCCCAACUACUCGUGGUGGGCCAUUUGUUACAUGUUCUGCGUUAUCGUCGGUCUGAUCUUGACCUUCGGUACCGACACGUGCAAUGUCUACGGUGUCGCAAUCGUCGGAUACUUGGGCUGCGGCCUUGUCUUGACUUCACUGAGCGCGAACAACACGGUCAACGGAAACCAGGGCGCCCUGCAAGCUGCUGGCGCCGGCUUUAUCCUCCUUUCCAUGGUCAUUAUCAUCUGGAUCUUCUACUUCGGCUCGACCCCUCAGGCUUCGCACCGUGGCUUCAUUGAUUCAUUCGCUCUGAACAAGGAACAACCUGGCUCUUUCCGCGGCAGCCGCCCCAUGUCCAGUGCUUUCGGUGCCCGUCCGGAGACUAUGGCUACAAGCAACACUCCCCAAAUGUACACCUCUGCACAAUUGAGCGGCUUCGAGACUUCUUCUCCCGUGUCCGGAUACCCCGGGGGGCCCCCUGGUGCUGAGCGCAACUCGUCCGCUCGCUUCGCUCCUACCCCCAGUCCCGGCCCUGCCCCCACCAACAACGGUCAGGAAGGUACCGAAGUGCCCCAGCCCACCGAGUAUCCCUACCGAGCGAAGGCCAUCUACUCGUAUGACGCGAACCCAGAAGAUGCCAACGAAAUUAGCUUUGCCAAACAUGAGAUUCUCGAGGUAUCCGAUGUCAGUGGGCGAUGGUGGCAGGCUCGGAAAUCCACCGGAGAGACAGGCAUCGCACCAUCAAACUACCUGAUCCUUUUGUGA